AUGUGCAGGUCAAUAAGCGCAGCGGUGAACAUCAUCCACGACUGCGACGAGACUUUCAACUACUGGGAGCCUCUGCACUACCUCCUGCACGAAUCCGGGUUCCAGACAUGGGAAUACAGCUCUGCAUUCGCCCUUCGCUCCUACCUCUACCUCUUCUUUCACGCCCUCAUCGCCCUGCCAGUCACUCUCUUUUUUGGCAACGGUACGGGUAAGGCUAACGCCUUCUACACUGUCCGCCUGGCCCUGGCUGUUCUCUCUGCUGCCUCAGAGGCAUCUCUGCUCGUAGCCGUUGCAACAGCCCUUCACAAGGCCACCAGUGCUGGCAGUGCCAGUAGCAGCAGCAGUGGAACGAGGGAAGAUAAGGAGAAAGGGAAGGAGGAGGAGAAGGAGAAGGCGAAGCGAGAGAGGGCGGUCCCAGCAGGGAUUGGGGAGCGAGUGGGUGUGUGCGGGUUGCUGCUCCUCUGCUUCUGCUCUGGCAACUUUCUCGCCUCCACAACCUUCCUCCCCAGCACCUUCAGCAUGUAUGCAAUCACGUGGGCCACGUCUCUGACCAUCCAAGGCCGCCUCGCAGCAGCAACAGCGGCAGCAGCAGCAGGCGUGCUGCUGGGGUGGCCCUUUGCAGGCCUGGCAGCCCUGCCGCUGGUGCUGCACGGGAUGAUCACUGGUGGUUUUGUGAAGGUCGUUGCAUCCGGUGCAAUCACCACUGUACUCGUCUCAGGCCUUUCCCUGUGUUUUGACCGUCUUUAUUACGGCCAAUGGACCUCCUCUGUGUUCAACCUAAUCCGCUACAACGUGUUUGGAGGGGGGGACGGUGCCGGGAGCACUCUGUACGGCGUGGAGGGUCCCCUCUUCUACCUCCGCAACGGCCUCAACAACUUUUCUCUCGCCCUCCCCCUCGCGCUCAUCCUCCCGCUGCUGCUGCUGAUCGCGUGCUUUGCGUCGUCGCCGUUUCGCCGGCAAGGGAGGGGUGGAAAUGGAGGGGUGGAGAGGGGUGGGAAGGGGUUUGUGGGGUGGAAAGAGGUGGUGGCGCUGCUGCUGCUGCCUGUGGUCAUCUGGGUUGGAUUCAUGUCCCUUCAGCCACACAAGGAGGAGCGGUUCCUCUACCCCAUCUACGCUCUCAUCCCAGUUGCUGCUGCCAUCGCCAUCACCAUCAUCCCCUACCUCAUUCCCACGACUCUCCAAGGACCUCCAGACCAACCGUCCCUGCUCUUCUCAGCAGCCAAGUGGGUGCGCCCAGCCUUGCUCGGCCUCAUCAUCGCUCUCUCCUAUGCUCGCUCUACUGCUCUGCUCCGCUUCUACUCCGCCCCCAUGCACAUUCUGGAGCACCUGCCGGCAGUAGAUGAAGCGAAUGAAGAUGUGGUCACGGUGUGUUAUGGCAUGGAGUGGCAUCGCUUCCCCACCUCCUUCCUCCUCCCCUCGCCCCUCCACCGAGCUGCUUUUAUCGAUGAUGGCUUUAAGGGCCUGCUGCCCAUCCCUUUUGACCCGGAACAAGGCGGCACGGAGUCUGCUCCCUCGUACUUCAACGACAAAAACCAAGCCACACCCGAGCAAUUCCUGGACGAGUCUCUGUGCGACUAUCUGGUCGAGCUGGACAACUCGCGCCACGUCAGCAUGACAGGGGAGAGAGGAAGCAUCCUGGAAAAAGCAGACGCCCUGCGAGGGCACGACGAGGACGAAUGGGAGGUGUUGGCGUCCCUCCCGUUUGUGGACGCCCAGCGCUCCCCGGCUCUCUACCGAGCCUUCUUCAUCCCGGGCCUUUCAUGCGUGACCAAGGGUUACUUCCAGGACCCUUUCGUGAAGCUCUUUGUUCGCCGCCCGGCCAGGCGGUCCCCUGUCAUCCACCGAGGCUACUUCGCCCGCUGGGCUGCUCUGCAGCAGCUCGUCGACCAGUUCCUCUCCGUUAACGGAUCAGCUCAUAACGAGGACAGGGCCCAGAACCCUAGUAGUGAUCAAGAAAGUCAAGGGGAGUCAAGAAAGUCAACAGGGGGGACGGAUGUGACUCUGCAGAUUAUCUCCUUGGGAGCAGGAUUCGACACCCUAUUCUUCCGACUCCAGGUGCGUGCUCUGUGUCCUAAUGAUCAUGAGAAGUCAAACGGGUCAAGCGAGUCAACAGGGGGAUCGGAUGUAGCCCUGCAGAUCAUCUCCCUGGGAGCAGGAUUCGACACACCCUCUUCUUUAGAUUCCAGGCAGACAGAGGGCAGAGCCUCCCAUAGGUUCAUUGAAGUGGAUUUUCAAGAGGUGGUAGCAAAGAAAGCCGCCAUAAUCAAUGCCAAGCCAGAGCUAGCAGCGUGCCUGGGACCAGACGUCAGUCCAUUAGAGGGUGCCGGGCUGCGCUCCUCAAAUGGCUACUCCCUCGUGUCAGCCGAUUUGAGAGACACUGAUAAACUAAACGAGGCGCUUGCAGCAGCUGGAGCUGAUUUUGGGCCCAUCACAGCAACGUUAUUCCUCUGCGAGUGUGUACUCAUCUACAUGGACGCGCCCAGCAGCCACAGGCUCGUGGCGUGGACGGCAGAGAAGUUUGGCACGGCGGCGUUUGUCGUCUACGAGCAGAUCCGCCCCGACGAUGCAUUCGGGCAGCAGAUGAUCCAAAACCUGGAGGCUCGGGGCUGCCCUCUGCUUGGUAUCAGAGCCACACCAACACUAGAAGCAAAGGAGAAGAGAUUUCUCGACGGUGGCUUUGAGAGAAGCAAUGCAGUGGAUAUGGACAUGAUAUACUCACACCACAUCGAUCCACAGCUCGUCAGAAAAAUCGAACCACUGGAGAUAUUCGAUGAGUUUGAGGAGUGGCAUCUCAUGCAGGUAGGCUUCAUCGCUGCUUACUUUUGCCAUUUCAUGUUACAACUCAUAAGCCGUUGGUCUCCUAGGCGUAUACUUCUGAGGUAA